AUGGAGGCAUUGUGCAAGGUUCUGCUGCUGUUGAUGUUGUUGGCCAGUAUACCUGGGCGAUUCUGUGCAACAGAUUCUCAAGAUGUGGCUGCGCUCCUGUCUUUCGUCAGCGGAUGGCAGAACUUCCCAUCAAGCUGGAAAGCAUCAAAUGAUCCAUGUGGUACAGAUUGGGAUGGGGUUCUGUGCGACAAAGGGCGGGUGACAUCACUGAGGCUCUCAGGCAUUAAUAUUCAAGGCACAUUAAGCGAUAGCAUAGACCAACUCAGUGAGCUUGUUUACCUGGACCUCUCCUUCAACGCUGGUCUUGGUGGCCCACUGCCUGCUGCAAUUGGGAAUCUCAGGCAGCUUACAACACUAAUCUUGUCCGGCUGUAGCUUCACAGGAGGCAUCCAACACUUAGGAAACUUGGUGCAGCUCUCCUUCCUGGCGCUGAACUCAAACAGCUUUACAGGGGGAAUUCCUGCAUCGAUUGGCCUACUCAGAAACCUCCAUAUGCUAGACUUGGCAGAUAACCAGCUUUCUGGACCGAUUCCAGUUUCCUCUGGUGGUUCUCCAGGACUUAACCUACUUACACAAGCGAAACAUUUCCAUUUCAAUAAGAAUCGGUUAAAUGGUAAUCUAAUUGGCCUCUUCAACUCUAGCAUGAGCCUCGAACACGUAUUAUUUGACAACAAUCAAUUAUCUGGUCAUAUCCCUGCCGAGCUUGGUGACAUCGCAACCCUUGAAAUCAUCCGAUUAGAUAAGAACAAUUUCACAGGAGAAGUUCCAAGCAACAUCAGUAACCUAGUCAACCUAAAUGUCCUGAAUUUAGCAAACAACCAGCUGAGUGGAACAAUGCCAGAUCUCAGUAGCCUGAACACACUAAAUGUGGUGGAUUUAAGCAACAAUUUGUUCGAUCCAUCAGAAGCACCAGACUGGUUCUUGAGUUUAACAUCUCUUGUUUCAGUAGCAAUAGAUAACGGAGGACUCUCCGGCAAGGUUCCCAAAGAGCUCUUCACCUUGCCCCAACUGCAGCAAGUUAUACUAAGAAAUAACGCACUGAAUGGAAGCUUUGAGAUGACUGGGAACAUCACCCAACAAUUGAAGAUCGUGAAUCUCCUUAACAAUCGUAUAGUUGAUGCCAAUAUAACACAAAGCUACAACCAGACCCUAGUACUUGUGGGAAAUCCCGUGUGCUUGGAUUCAGAAUUCUCGAACAAAUUCUUUUGCAGCCUUCAGCAAGCGAACCUGGUACCAUACACCACUAAUUUAACCAAAUGUGGUUCAACCUCAUGUUCUAGUGAUCAAAGUGUAGACCCUGCAACUUGCAGUUGUGCAUAUCCUUACACGGGCAACAUGACCUUCAGAGCACCAUCGUUCGCUGACCCGAGCGACAGUACGACUUUUCAGCUACUAGAAACUAGCCUCUGGAAACAGCUGGCACCACGCUCUGCUGCAGUUUCCCUUUCUAAUGUCCGUUUCAGCAGUGAGGACUACCUCCAAGUUAAAGUGAGCCUCUUUCCAGCGACUGGGACAUCGUUCAGCCUGUCAGAUGUAAUAAGCAUUGGCUCUGAAAUUAGUAACCAAACUUACAAGGCACCACCCAUUUUCGGACCUUAUUUCUUCAUGGCAGAUCCAUAUGCCCCAUUCGCAGAUGGUGGUGGCAAUGGAAAAUCUCAAAUGAGCAAAGGCGCUAUGGCUGGAACUGCAGUAGCCUGUGGUAUUUUUAUGUUUGCCCUAAUUUAUGUGGCAAUAUUUGCUGUACUACGAAAGAAAAGGGCAGUGCAAUCAUCAUCAGGACGGGAAAAUCCUUUCGCUUCAUGGGGAGGUGCACAAAAAGAUAGUGGAGGUGCUCCACAGCUUAAAGGAGCAAGGUUCUUUUCUUUUGAUGAACUGAAGAACUGUACCAAAAAUUUCUCAGAAGAUCAUGAAAUAGGAUCAGGAGGCUAUGGAAAGGUUUACAAGGGAACGAUCGCAGACGGAACAAGUGUUGCAAUAAAACGAGCAGAGUAUGGAUCCAAGCAAGGUGCGGUGGAGUUCAAGACUGAGAUUGAGCUGCUGUCCAGAGUUCAUCACAGGAAUCUGGUAAGCCUGAUAGGAUUUUGCUAUGAACAAGGGGAGCAGAUGCUGGUGUACGAAUAUGUUUCCAAUGGUACACUGCGCGAGAACUUGCAAGGUACAGGAAUCUACCUGGACUGGAAGAAGAGGCUCAGGAUUGCUCUUGGCUCAGCCAGAGGACUAGCGUAUCUUCACGAACUCGCCGAUCCACCCAUUAUCCACAGAGACGUCAAGUCGACAAAUAUCCUUUUGGAUGACAAUCUUAAAGCAAAGGUUGCUGAUUUUGGUCUAUCAAAGCUAGUUGCAGACACUGAAAAGGGCCAUGUUUCUACUCAAGUCAAAGGAACACUUGGCUAUUUGGACCCCGAGUACUACAUGACGCAACAGCUCUCGGAGAAGAGCGACGUGUACAGCUUCGGCGUGGUCAUGCUCGAGCUACUAAGCGCCAGGUUGCCCAUAUCAAAGGGCACAUACAUCGUCCGGGAGUUCAGGGUCGCCAUAGAUCCCAACGACCAUGACUACUACGGGUUGCAGGGCACGAUCGACCCGGCUAUCCACGACGCGGCCAAAUCCCCCGGGUUCAGGAGGUUCGUGCAGCUCGCCAUGGAGUGCGUGGAGGAGUCGGCUUCAAGACGCCCUACCAUGGGCUCGGUGGUGAAGGAAAUUGAGACGAUGAUCCACAAUGAGGGGCUGAGUUCAUCCGCCUCGUCUGUCACGGAGUUCGAGCACGCAGGGGCAGGGCAAGCCUCCACAGUGCCAUACAGCAACAGCAGCAGCAGUGGCAGCGGCGGCAUAUCAGAACAACUCGCUCACCGUGGAAGGCGGCAAUAA